CUCUGGCCCCCUCAGCAGUAAAUAGCCGCACCCCUCCCGCUUUUCCCCCCGCCGCCGCACACACGCAUGACCAUGGAGGCGCCAUACUGGCUCUCGGCGGAGACCUCUCUCGGCCGGGUGGUCGACUAUAUUGCCCCUCUCCGGCGGAUGUUCUACACGGUCUUCCCAUGGGAGAUGUCCUUCCGGUCGUUGGCCGAUGUGCCGGACUACAUCCAGGGCGCGGUGCCCUUCUUCAUCGGGAGCAUCCUGGUGGAGGCCGUGAUCCUGGUGUGGCUCCGCCGGCAGGAGGAGCGCGAGCAGCAGGAGGCCGCCGAUACCAGCAGCAGCAACCCAAAGGCCAAGCCCGCUUCCGGGCGCAAGCCCACCCGCAAGUACAAGCUGGUCGGCUUCGACUUCUUCGAUGCCGUGACAUCCAUGAGCUCCGGCCUCUUCAUGCUGGUCUUCAACCAGCUGGUUCUGAAUGGCUUCGAGCUCCGUGCCUAUGCCUACGUCUUCGAGCGCUUCCGCCUGGUGACCCUGCCGAGCGACUCGCUGGUGGUCUGGGUGGUGGGCUUCCUCGGGGUGGAUCUGGGGUACUAUUGGUUCCACCGGAUGGCGCACGAGAUCAACCUCUUCUGGUCGGCCGGGCAUGUGGUGCACCACAGCAGCGACGCAUACAAUGCCACGGUGGCCGUCCGGCAGUCGGCCCUGCAGCUGUACACCAGCUGGAUGUUCUAUCUGCCACUGGCGCUGGUUCUCCCGCCGCCGGCUUUCCACGCACAUCGGAUGCUCAACACGCUCUUCCAGUUUUGGAUUCACACCGAGCUGAUCGACAACAUCGGGCCGCUUGAGUGGAUCCUCAACACCCCGAGCCAUCACCGCGUGCAUCACGGCCGCAACCCCUACUGCAUCGACAAGAACUACGCCGGCACCCUCAUCAUCUGGGAUCGCAUGUUCGGCACCUUCGAGGCGGAGCGCCGGGAUGAGGAGCCCGUCUCUUACGGGCUGACUCACGUCCAGCCCACCUUCGACCCGUGGCGCGUGCAGUUUGAGCACCUGGCCCGGCUGGUGGCGCGGGCCUUCCGCGCGCCGUCCUUCGGCGAUGCCCUGCGCACCCUGUUCUACGGCCCGGGGUGGACCUUCGUGGUGGACGACCGGGGGCCUUGCCCGCGUCUCGGGCACUUCGAGGACAUUCCCAAGGUGGAUGCCCACUCCGAGUCGGGGAAGAUGCGCCACCGGCCGCCCCCGGCCACCGGCAGCCUAAAUGUCUACUGCCUGCUGGGGUUCUUCCUGGCGCAGGGCGCCCACUCGUUGGCCGGGCCGGCUCUCGGUCCGGGCGGCACCCCGACGCUCAUGGUUCAUGGGGCGGUCAUUGCCUUUGUCCUGCUGACCCUGACCACGGUGGGCGCCCUGUACAGCGGCCACUCAUGGGCCGUGCCGCUGGAGUGCGCGCGUCUGCUCCUGUCGAUCGGCUACCUCCUCCUGGCCGAGCGCGAUCUCUUCUCCUCGGCCAUCCGCCUGUCGGACUACCGGGUGUACCUGCGCCUGGCGGCUCUGGUGCAAUUCCUCCUCUUCAUUUGGCUUGUCACCCAUCGGAACAGCCUCUACAAGCCGGCAUCCGGUGGCCCGGCCAAGGCAGCCACUGCCAGGGCCACCACCGAGGAGGGUGCCAGCGCUGAGGCGGCCAGCUCCAGCGCUUCCUCUUCGGUCGCCACUGCAACCGGCGCCGGCGGGCUUUCCAAGCGCAAGUGACCAUCCCCCCCCCC